AUGAAAUUCAUUACAUCAGUAUUCAUCGUAUUCAUUAUGUUAUCUUUAAUUCUGACUAAAACAAUGAUUUCUGGGAAAGAGGAGAACGCGACAUGCGUUAUGGCAAAUCUUCAAAUAUGCAAGUCGGCGGUAACAACCGGAAACCCACAUUCGAAGGAAUGUUGUGAAAAACUGAAAGAACAACAAUCGUGUUUUUGUGAAUACUUGAAAGAUCCAUUAGUUGUUCCAUAUAUUACAUAUGCCAAAAUAAUCUUAGCAGCUUGUGGUUUAUCUUUUCCUAAUUGUUGAAGUUUUAAACAUUUAUGACAUAAUCUAUAAAUGUUAUAAUCAUCAAAAUUAUAUUUGAUAAUGUUUAUCAUUGGAAGUUUAUCAUGUCAAGGUUAUUAACCUGAUUUUAAUAUAUAAAAAAUGUGUUUUCUUAU